CCUUGGUUCUUUCUUCCUCUUGAAAGCUAGAAAGAAGAAAAUGGAAGAAGCUCUUAGCGAAGCUCUUAGCAGCUUUGACUUCGAUGAACUUGUAGCUUCGCUUGCUGAUGCCAUCGCAGCAACAUCGACUCCCAAGCCUUUGGUGGAAUUUUCACUACAUGCUUUGAUGGCUGAAUUGUUUAAGAGAACUAAAACCUUACCCAAAGCUGAAGUCAGCAGGACAUUCUUCAGAGCUGUUUCCAUUGGCUUGCUGAGAGGUAACAUUAGGAAAGAUCAACUGGAGAGAACUUGUGAUGCUGGUAAAGCAAUUAUCAAAAGAGUUGCUGCAAUUCUAGGGAUUGAAAUCAGAGACAAGGGUCAAAGAAAGCUUGUUCUAACAAACAAAACUGUGACUUUCUCAAGAAUGAUAGCUAUUUUCCCUCACUGGGCUAGCCAGCUAAUGGUCUCUAAGGAGAGCCUUUUUGUCAACAGGUUUGCUUCUUUCAAUGAUGCCAAUAGAUUUCCUGCUCAAACUCAUAAGCUUCCUAUUGCUAUGCUUCACUCUGGAUUUGCUGGUCUGAUUCCAAGAGAAAGUGAUGAUAUGGAAUUCAUAGACCUUAUUUGCAUGUGUCACUCUGCUUUCAUGGCUGAGUUCUCUCUUCUGAUUACUCCUCAAGAACAGAGAAGUUUUCAUGCAUUGUACGAGAAUCAGAAAAGAUAUACCGAGGCUGCUCGUGGAUCUGGAUUCAAUUCUGAUGAAAAUAGGAUCGUUUAUCUUUUGAGAUUUGGGUUGUUGUCUUCUGAUAGUCUUGAUAAGAUGUUGAAAGUUGCUGCAAGGGUUUCAACUUUGAGUGCAAGGCAAGAAGAAGCAAGUGUUACAAGAGACAGCUUUACGAUCGUUGAAGAUCGGGUCAAGAUCGUAAAUGAUGAUGCAAAGUGGGAUGAGCUAUUGAAAAAAGCCAAGAGAAUAGUUGAUGCUUCAAGUUCAAUGAGGUCUCAGGUUGCUGCUGUUGACUCCUUAGAUGGAGUUUGAUUUAGUGCUUUAUUGAGCUUCUUUCUUUUGUUUCGUUUGAUCUGUUCUUAAGUAUAGACUUUCUAGUCUUUCUUUUAAGUUUCUUUAGCUAUUGCCAUUUCCUUGCUGAGAGGUAACAUAAGGAAAGAUCAAUUGGAGAGAACUAGUGAUAAAGCAACUCUCAAAAGAGUUACUGCAACUCUUGGGAUUGUAAUCAGAGACAAGGGUCAAAAAAAGAUUGUUCUAACUAACAAAA